AUGGACGUAAUAAUCAAAGUAAAUAAUCAGACCACUGGGAGAGACAAAUUAGCCAGGCUUAUUCAGUACACAAGUCGUCUAGUCUGGCAUCAAUUGGAAAUCAGGAAUGCAAACAAGUAUUCCGUUGACAGAAUAAAAAAUUUAGAGCUAACAUUUAGUUCUUUCAGAAAAAUUUUAAGGCUUGGAAGAUGCAUAGAUAUCUGCUACACAGCUCUAAACAGCAUGCACAUUGAAGACCCCAUAUUAAGAGUAACAUUGACAGUAAGCAAACUGGCUCAUGCACUGUUCCUCUACUCCGACCAUAUAGUUUGGCUGACUAAAAGUGGAUUUCUUAAAACAGAUUCAGAAAAAUGGAACAGAACAGCCAAUAAAUUUUGGCUCAUUUCAAUAAUUGCAAACCUAGCCAGAGAUUUCUAUGAAAUUGUCCAUCUCAUGGAUUUACAUCGGACAUCAUUCUUGAAACCUUCAGAACUUCUGAAUUCUACAAUGAAGUAUGAUGUGAAUGGUAGCAUCAAAUACAUGUACAUGUUGAUGACCUGCCAUAAAGAUGUAUUUAUUGAUACUUUAAAGAAUUCUUGUGACAUGUUCAUUCCACUCACUGCAUUAGGUGUUACUAAAUUAAGUCCCAGCACUGUAGGAGUACUAGGGGCUAUUUCCUCAUUGGCUGCAUUAGUGACCAUUGUGAAACCAAUCACUAAAUUAGUGCCUGCUUAA